AUGUCUCUGACCUCUCCCCCAAUUCUCCAAUUCAAAUCCCUCUCAACCCCAUUUCUCCAUGGUGGCGCCUUGUCUAUCUUCCGCCUCCCAAAGACCCUUUCUACCGCCAUCCCUCCUCUGCCACCGCCUACUACUAGAUUCCUCCCUGUUAUCAGAGCAAUGAAAUCAAUGCAAGGCAGGGUUACUUGUUCCUCCCACGACAAGACCGUGACUGUGCAAGUUGUACGCCUUGCUCCACACCCAAAGUACAAGCGCCGUGUUAGGAUGAAGAAGAAGUACCAAGCUCACGAUCCAUUGAACAAGUUCAGUGUUGGGGAUGCUGUUCAGCUUGAAAAAAUCAGGCCCAUUAGCAAGCUCAAGACUUUCUUGGCUGUCCCGGUUCCCAGUCGAGGUGGGCCGAAGGCAAAAGACUCCGAAUCGCAGGAGUUGUGGCUUCCACUGGAGUCUCAACAGCCCGAGAGUUGA